CCACCAUCUUUUCAUCGUUUUUUCUAUUCUAACUUGUUGUUUUAUAUUCAUUCAGAAAUCCACACCAACAUAUUAUAUAGCAAGAAAACAUAGACAGAAGAAUCAAUCAUGGACUUAUAUUCAUACACUACUACUAAUGUUUCAGCUUCUUCUUCUUCAUCUCCUUCUUUUUCCAAUUUAUCUAACUCUUCAGCUCACCAGCACCAAGAAAAGACUGGCAAACCGCCGCCGCCUUACCGUUCCGCGCUCCAUUCCGUUCGCAAAUUGCCGUUCAAGAACGUGAUUCUGAAGAAACCAAUCGCACCUAUGCCGCCAACCCCGCCAAAGAUCUACAAGGUGGAUCCCGCCGAUUUCAGAGAUGUUGUCCAGAAACUUACGGGUGCGCCUGAGUUCCACCCGACGCGGCUGCAGGAGGUGACCCCGCCGCCGAAUCGGACGCCACUCGUUCAUCCUACCAUCAAGAUGCCAUUAACCAGCAGCCCUGGUUUUGCGGCGGAAGCACCAGAAGAAAAGCACUGGAAAUCAUUCGAUGGUAGUUUGGGGACAGCUAGUCCACUUGGAUUCAGCUUGUCUCCUUCAUCUCUUGCAUGGUUUUCAUCUGUUCUUUUAAGUCCAUGAUUUUUCGUUUUCCCGGUUAUAUGUCUGGUUUCAAAUUCUCUGCUGAAGAAUAAUUGUGAAAUUGAAGAUACGGAGUUUUAACGUAUAAUAUUUUGGAUGUAAUACGUAGUUUUUCAUAUAUUUAAUUUCAGCUGUCUUAAUUUGUUUCAA